ACUCGAAUUUUCCAUCAAGAUAUUUACAGUUCUCACAUGAACUUUAUUUAAGCAAUAUGCAAGAGUAAACUUAUAUUUAUGGUUUCAACCUACGUUUUAUGUACCACCACUAGUGUCGCCAGUUUAUUGUUGACAAUCACUUCUUUUUCUCCUCCUGCAAAACAUCAAUGGAGACUUCUACUACUUGUACUAGCCAGAUGGAUAUUACCAGCUCACCUAAUGAGGACGGCUACAUGUACCUAUACCUCUGUAGGUGCGGCAUGUUUCUUGAUUCAGCUGAAGACGUCAGAUGCGUACCUACACAUCCGACAUCCAUGAUUACAUUAUGCAGCACGGGCAGUCGCCUAUCAGCCACGAUGUACCUACUACCAGGUAAUAAAGCAAUAGCCAGUUUAUGGCCAAUGCUUAACAGCAAUACGUGUUAGAUAAUCUCUCUUCCUAGCCUCGACGCGUCAAACUUUUUUGUUUUCUACAAUUGAGGUGACCUCAAGUCAGAUCGACGACCAUGACGACAACGUUAGACAGUCUGCCUAAUGAGAUUUUGUUCAUCAUCGCCAGCCAUUUUGGCUGCGACGGCCGCCGGGACUGUCACGUAACUCAAAAGAGCUUUGCGUCGCUGGCCCGCACCAAUCGGCGGCUUCACAACGUAUUCAACCCCAUCCUCUGGCGUUUUAACCGCGAGUGUGGAAUCAGCGAGGGAUGUCCUUACACUACUGCUGUAUCCGCCGUUUCCUGGGCCGCCUCGAGGAAUAGGAUUGAUAUCCUUGAGAUAGCAGUCAAGUAUCAACACGAUCUAGGCUCAUUUCAUCAAGGAGAUCCUAUCCACCGUGCCGCUAAAAAUGGACAUGACGCCACGGUAUCUUGGCUACUUGAUCACGGUGUACCUAUAGAAUGUGUUCCUUGCGAACGGAUAGCUGUUGAUUCACCGUUCCCUGUAUUCCCUUGGCCUCAAAAUCAUGUAUCGCCUAGCUACUCAGUCCUGCACACCGCGCUGGUAUCCAGCCAAGGAUCCACCUCUAUAUUGCUGUUAUCACGCGGCGCCAAAUACCAAUUCAAAUCUGAGACGAAUAAAUCGGCCAUACACUUGGCUGCCUUACACGGUCUAUCCGCAGUGAUAGAGUAUCUAGUCAAGACGAUGGGAAUUGACGUCAACCAGGAAGACCAGCACGGCAUGACGCCACUACAUUACGCAGUAGAGCGGAGAGACAACGUAGAGACAAUCCAAGUAUUACUGGAUCUCGGUGCUGACAAGGACACGGAACAAUACCCCCAGAGUCCUCUCGUCAGAGCACUCAAGAUGGGCCAUUUUAGCAAUGCGAUGCUAUUGCUAGAUGCUGGAGCAGAUGUUAAUCCGACAUUUGAUUACCAAGAAGCCCCGCUAGUAGUAUGUGCGCAAGAGAGUUUUGCAUUGAUCGGGACCGCGGAGUCGUCAGUACAGUAUAAGGUACUUCGCAAGAUCAUUGCAAAUGGCGCUGCUCUUGACGUGUCAUACAACAAAAACACAGCCCUGUGCUCUGCUGUUGAACAAGGGACCGUUGCAGCGGUUUAUGAGCUUCUCAGAGCGGGAGCCGACGUAGAAAUGCCUAGGGAUAAAGAUGGACAGACUCCAUUUGAUCUACUAUGGACCCUACGAAGAUACGAAGCAGAAUCCGAUUGCUCUUCCGAUUACAAUCUAUUGGGGGAACUUAUCGAAAAGGCAAGACUUCUGAUUGCAGCAGGCGCCCGCCUAGAUACUCAGAGCAGUGAAUAUGGCAGCACCCAGCUUGAGAAAGCCAUUCAUUAUUGUUUUUGCGGGAGCACAUUUCUGCUUCGCGAACUCCUACGGCUAGCAACGCAUCGGAAUGUUCGUGACGGAUAUAUCAACGAACUCUUCGAGACGUGCCUCACAGGUAGACAGUUGGAGCCAGCUAUGAUACUGGCGCAUCACGGCGCAACUUCCGAUAACGCAAACAAGUUGGCUUUUAUUUGGGCUGAGAAGAUAGGCAAGACACUCUGCAGUUAUAGCGGGAUGAACGUCGAGGCCUUGUCCUUCUGUCUGGAUUUUUUGUCGGCCGAACAAAUUGAAGAGCUGUUCACACAUGCGUUAAAUCACGCGAACGAGGAACGUUGCCAAAAGUUCAUUGAUCGCGGUGCUCUAUCAUCCUGGAGGAAAUCAAAGGUGUUUAAACCGUGGCUUCAUAUAGCCGCAUCACGUGGAUUCAGCGCACUUGUACGACGCCUGGUUGGAGCCGGGAUGGAUAUCAAUGCUCUGGACGAAGAAGGCAGAACGCCUAUGUUGGCAGCUCUAGAGGUGGAUGACACAGUGUUGGAUACAGUUGGACAACUUUUCGAACUCGGGGCGGAUCCAUUCCAUCCUCGCCCAGAUGCAGAAUGCCGACGACUGCCGAAUCCACGGUCGAAGGAAAUUCUAUCUCCUUUUGAGCUUGCUAUCCGUAGAAACUGCUUGCCAGAAAUACGACGGUGGUGGCUUAAUUCUCCGCCAGAGUCCCGGCCGACGGGAGAAAUCUACAUCCCUUGCGUCCAAAGUACAGGGCCCUGGCACCAAAAUUAUCUAAAGUACUUGCGCGGUCAAACCGAUAGCAGCACGUCAGAAAUCGUUGGCGAAAGCCAACAAUGGGACAUAUAUUGGAUGCAAGGGUGCGAUAUGCGAAAACUCGACGAGGAGGAGGAAAAGAAGACCAAACUCAUGGAUGUGAUGAAUGAGCGGGACAUACCGGAAGAUCCAGCUGAGGACUAUUACCUCAAUCACUUUUGGGAGUCAUCUCUCUGAAUUACCCCCCAUCGCGAUCCGGGUUUAGCAACAGUGGUUGUUCACAGGUCCAACCAUCGUUAUAUAUUUCAGUGGGAAUAGACGGUCCCGCUCGCUUCGAAUCUGCUUGCACUAGCGCUCUACACGUCUUCGCCUAGUACUUGACAUCACCACGCUGACGUGUCACCAAUAUGUCAACUUGUCUACGAAUAUCUUUGGAGAUAUUAUGCAGUUUGGAGGGCUCUUGAUCUCGGCGAUGUUUAUGCUGAUUUAUUUUCAUUUUCAGACCGAUGGGUCUAGGAUAUUACCCUACUCGUGUUAAUAUAGGUACUAAUUAUCAUACUUAAAGUGUGUUAGAAAUGCAUUAUUAAUAUCAAAUAAUCAUGAGUUGCGAUAA